UGGUGGGAGGUGGUCAUGCUGUUCCUCUAUGUGAGGGACGCUUUCCUGAGGGCUGGGCUACCAGAUGGGGCAGAGCUGGAGCUGGGGGGCUGUGCUCGUGCCCCCAGCACCUGCCCAUAUCCGUGCCCUUCCCCUGCAGUGAUCCGAGCAAAGGCCGUCUCUGCAAAGGAAGUGGAUUCAGGGAACGACAUUUAUGGGAACCCCAUCAAGCGAAUCCAGUACGAAGUGAAGCAGAUCAAGAUGUUUAAGGGCCCCGAUCAGGACAUCGAGUUCAUCUACACGGCGCCGUCCACAGCAGUGUGUGGGCAGCCUCUGGACACAGGAGGCAAGAAGGAGUACCUGAUUGCAGGCAAAUCCGAGGGCGAUGGCAAGAUGCAUAUCACGCUGUGUGACCUGGUUGCCACCUGGGACUCACUGAGCCCCACCCAGAAGAAGAGCCUCAACCAGCGGUACCAGAUGGGCUGCGAGUGCAAGAUCUCACGCUGCCUCUCCAUCCCGUGCUUCGUCUCCUCCUCGGAUGAGUGCCUCUGGACAGAUUGGGCGAUGGAGAAGAUCGUGGGCGGGCGGCAGGCCAAGCACUACGCCUGCAUCAAGAGGAGCGACGGCUCAUGCGCCUGGUACCGCGGCAUGGCCCCCCCGAAGCAGGAGUUUCUCGACAUCGAGGACCCCUAAGCCAAGCGAGUGCAUUCCAGUAGCCAGUAGAAAAGCCCAGCGAGAUGUUAGACUGGUCCACGCUGACAUCGGAGCCUGGAGACAGCAUGAAAACCCACACAGCCCCGAGGGGCUGCAGGGCACGGAGCUGCCAUGUGUGCGUAGGGCGGGGGGGGGUCACUGCACCGCUCACACCCUGCACCACGUGCACCCUGCAGCAGGCAGGGCAGCCCCAUUCCCUGCAGGCUGAAUGCUGGUGAGCAGCAGCAGCAGCUGUCCCCGGUUUACAGGGGCCCCACUGCCAACUGCCCAACACCAGGGCCGUGCUGUCCCCAUCCCAUCCCUUGCUGUGGGUGCAGCUUGGCACCGCCUGCUCCCACCCGAGAAGUCGUGGGGCUCUCACCCACUGUAGCCCUUAGGGACGGGAUUGGGGUCACCCAGUGGCCCCAGGGGGGAUGGCUGCAGGACACCGACCCCACACCCCCUCUCUCUGAGCCAUUUCCUCCCACACACGGCCGGCCCCGGCUUGGGGUGUUUUCAUGCUUUGCGUCCUCAUAGGGUGACGAUGUGGCGCUGGACCAGUCUGGGCAACUUUGAUGUGUUAAAGGAAAAAGUGAAAGAAAAAGAAAGAAAAACAAAACGGAAAA